AUGGAGCUCAAGGCGGAGGACACUCUCAAGAAGGCGGCGGCGGCUUCGUCGGGCGCGCUGCUCACUUCGCUGUUCGUCACGCCACUAGACGUGGCCAAGGUGCGCAUCCAGUCGCAGAUCCAAAUGCCGCCGUCUAAGACGCUGGCGGACCUGCGCGUCACGCACUCGAGCGUCGGCACGUCUGUGGCCACUGCCAUCGAGCAAUGCCGCUGCCGCAGUCGAUGCGUAUGCAACCGCUCAAUUACGCGUCCCGUUGAGAGACUUCUGUCCUCACGACGCGGUUGCACGGCUCUCCCAGCCAUGCGGAUGUCCUGCUCGCGAGCUGUGGCUCCUACGCAGCUUCAGGGCACUUCACACGCGUUGCGCCACAUCUUUCAGACCGAAGGAGUAAGGGGACUAUUCGCGGGCUUGUCUCCUGCCAUGGUCGUUGCCGUGCCGUCCACUGUGCUGUACUACAUGUCCUACGACGUUCUGCUACACGAGGGACGUCAACGAUUCCCGCAGAUGGAGGGAUUGGUGCCUUUAAUGGCUGGAACCACAGCGAGAAUUGUGGCAGCAUCGAUUACGUCGCCUAUUGAACUGAUCCGGACGAGGAUGCAAGGUGAUAAAGCUGGAGCCAGUAUUUUAAGCACGUUCCAACAAGCAGUGCGACGCGGAGGAUACGCGUCAUUACUGAAUGGAUUGGGUGCCACAUUGGCAAGGGACGUGCCAUUCUCGGCGAUUUACUGGACAUCGUAUGAGAAUCUGCAGAAGAAGCGGAAUGUGGAAGAGCUGUCGAGAACGCAGAGAGCUUUCACUUGCGGUGCUCUCUCUGGAGCUAUCGCAGCAACGAUCACGACCCCCUUCGAUGUGGUGAAGACACUGCAACAGGUCUCCAUGUCUGUCCAAGGAUCGCAGCCGUCAGGGAUGGUGGUGCUCCGACAGGUGGUGGCCAGCAGGGGUGUGAGCGGAGCCUUCACAGGACUCAGUGCACGUCUUGCUCGCGUGGCGCCGUCGUGCGCUAUCAUGAUCUCGUGCUACGAGCUGGGAAAGGAGAAGCUCGGUAUUGAGUAA